AUGGAUGAAAAAAGUUUUGUCUGGACAUCUGAACUAACAAGAAGAUUUUUUGAACUUCGUUUUCAAAAUGAAUGGUUAUUUAAAAAAAAGAAACAACCAUGGAGUGAAUUUCAUAAGAUUCUCUUGGAGAAUGGUUUUCCUGAAGACAUGACUGUAAAGCAUUUAAGGAAAAAGUGGGCUUAUACAUAUAACGUGAGUAUGUCGUAUAGAAUAGCUAAGAAGACAAAAAAUAAAAGUUGGAAAUAUUAUAGAAUGUUUGAAAAACAUUUUGGUAAAACUGAAAUGUUAGAUAAGUAUGAAUCUUGGAAUGAUGAAUGGAGAUUAAAAUUAAUUAUAUGUGUAACAGAAGCUAAAGAAGUUAAACUUGAUUUUCAAAAUAUGUGGUUAACAGUAGAAACUGCACUGCGAAGUCAAGACUUACCUUUAGACUGCUGUAUACAAGACUUAAAAGGGUUGUGGCAUUACAUAAGGACAACUUUUAAUAGAAAACAUCGUUUAGUUUUAAGAAAAACGGCUUCACCAGAAGAUUGGAAUUUAUACCAGCCGAUGAUGGAGUAUUUUAUGAAACAUGAACCGGAAUAUUUAAGACGCCUUGAGAGUAUGUCGGCGCGAAGCCUGGCGCGCGCGCAAUGGAGGGAAAAGCAUGUUCCGCGGGAGAAAAACACGGAUAAUGAUGUAUUAGAAGAGUUUCAAUGGUCUAAAGACAUAACUGAGUCUUUUAUACAAAUUCGAUUGCAGCACGAUUGGCUGUUUAGAGAUCGGAAAUGGGCGUGGAAUAAUCUUCGCGCGAUCAUGAUAGAGGAGUAUGGGUUCCCCAAAACACUAACGGGCAGAGAGAUAUGUCGAAAGUGGGCGGCGACUUAUGCGGAGUACCAAAAAGCGAAAGCUACGAACAACAAGUCGUGGGUGUACUACACGCUGUUCGAGCUGUACUUCGGAGAGGGCAGCUUAAGCCUCAAUCCUUUGGUAGACUGGCAAGAGGAAUGGGUACAAAAUUUCAUUAGCACAAGGACUCAUCUGGAUCAUUUAUUCAGAUUAUCGUCUAAAAACAUAGAGGAUUCUUGGAGAGAGGUUGAGAAACGGUUGAGAGUAAUCGGCAUUCCACUGGACCAUAGCUUGUUGGAAUUGUCCAAGAUUUGGAGGCAUCUUUUAAAAACUUAUAGGUGGAAACAUAAAUUCGCCAACAAAGGCAUACUCAACGAACAAUGGCCAUACUACGAAGCGAUGGCCAAGUACACUGAAGUUCACGAGAGCCAAGCCUUAAAGGAGCAGAAAGAAGAUAACUAUGAUGACGUCAUCGAUGACGAUAUAGAAGACGAUAUGAAAUUGUUUGAAUUGAAACAAAGAUUGUCUCUAGUAAAGCCGAAAUUUGAAGUUUUAGAGACCAAUUUGUGUAGAUCGUGUUCCAGUGAGGAUGGCUGCGUCAGUAUAUACAACCACUUGGACAAUGAAGGAUUGGACUUGGCGUAUAAGUUGAGAGUUAUUGGUGGUGUUGAGGUCGAUCAAUCAGACACAUUACCGUCACAAAUAUGCCUGAACUGUGUAAAGGAGUUGGAAUGUGCAUACAAAUUCAGACGGAAAUGUCAGGAUGCGGACCGCGAGCUCAGGAGUAAUAGCGAUAAAAUAAAAAUUGAAAUACAAACAGACAGCAACCAUCAACUAAAAGACGACGAUAUUACCGAAAGUCAUGACUUUGACGGCUUACACUACGAUGAUCUGCCCGACGAGGCCACGCAACCGAAGCGAGAUAUCAAGUCAGAAAGAAAAGCAGGCAGAAGAAAGAAAGUAGCCAAAUUAAGAUACGACUAUUGGAAAGUGUGCGAAGUGUGCGGAAAACACACGCGGAACCUUCUCAGCCAUCUCGACGUACAUUCCAGCGAAAAGCUUUAUUCAUGCGAGAUUUGUGAAAAGAAAUUCAAGUUUAAGAGUGGUCUCAUUGUGCAUAAAGCCGUCCAUAACCCCACGCCGAAGAAGACGUGCGAAGUGUGCGGGAAGAGCUUCCACAUUAUGGCGCAGUACCGCCGGCACUACGCGUAUCACGCCAACGAGAGGAAGUUCGAAUGCGAGACCUGCGGCAAACGAUUUAAUUCAUUAGAUAUACUGAAAGUACACAACAGGUCGCACACAGACGAGCGACCGUUCAGCUGCUCCGAGUGCGGGAAGACCUUCCGCACGGCUGGCUGCGUCAGCCGCCAUCGCAGGAUAGUUCAUAGAAACAUAAAAGUUAUAAAGAAA